AUGGAUUACAUUUAUCAGGUUGUCCUGUUCAUAGUGACUUAUCUGAUGCCCAUAGCAGGGAUGUCCAGGUGCUACUGGGCAAUGGGCAGAGAAUUGUGGGGCAGCAGGUCAAUUGGGGAACACACACAAAGACAGGCUGAUGCCAUUUGCAGAAAAAGAAAGGUUGUCAGGAUGUUCGCAGCAGUCGUGGGCAUUUUUGCAGUCUGCUGGCUGCCUUAUCAGCUCUAUUUUGUCUACAUGCAUGUGGAUAAAUCGCUGAUGUACUGGCCCUACACCCAGCAAAUGUAUUUGAGCUUCUACUGGUUAGCCAUGGGUAAUGCAAUGGUUAAUCCGAUAAUAUAUUACUGGAUGAACAACAGGUAA